GAUACUUCUCCUUGUCCAAGUCGACUCGGUGAAGGGAGCAUUAUUCUAGGAUAUGGUCAUUUCAACGAUACUUCUCCUUGUCCAAGUCGACUCGGUGAAGGGAGCAUUAUUCUAGGAUAUCGUCAUUUCAACGAUACUUCUCCUUGUCCAAGUCGACUCGGUGAAGGGAGCAUUAUUCUAGGAUAUCGUCAUUUCAACGAUACUUCUCCUUGUCCAAGUCGACUUGGCUAAGCGACUUGGUCAGGGAGAAAUAUUUUCUAGUCAUUCGGUCGCGCUCAGAUAGGUCGAAAUUAUUUUGAUCCGUUGCGGUCUCUGAUGCGCAGCUUUAAAUACCAGCGUAAGCAUGCUGAUGCGCCGCUGUCCUAUUAUAUUAUAAUAUUAGCUCAUACUUACCGUAUUGCAUUUUGAGUUUCGCGUUUUAUUCUCUUUAACUCUUGUCGUACGAAGCAACAAUCUUAAACGGCGAUUAUCGUAUGCUAAACUGUGAACAGAUCGUCAGAAAUGCAUACUCAGAGAAAUUAUGUGCUUUUGGUCUGUACUCAUUGUUUAUUUUCCUAAAAUGCUAUCUGUACAGCAUUAAGUUGUCGUUUUUUUGUCUUGAGAUUACUAGAACUUUGGACGAGAUUUAGCCGAAGUAUUCAUUUUAUUUAUUAAACUGAUGUGAUCCACUGAUUCUUCUUAAUACAAUAUUUGUAGACUGAUAUCUUUUUGAUUAUUUUCAGAUUUUCUUUUUCGAAACGGUUAUAUCUGUUUUUUACUUAUUCGUGACGCCUCAGUGUAACUGUGUAUAAAUGUUAUGGGUAUGCAUAAAAAAAUUUAUGCUUCCAAUUUGUUCGCUAUCAUCAUUCUGUGUUAUAGCUCUUAACAUCAAAAAUCUCAAAAGUAUAUCAGUUGAGGAGCUGAAUCAAAUACUUAAUGAGUCACCAAAAUUAGAUGAACUACCUGAAUAUAUUGAAUCAGAUACAGUAUAUCGUUUGUAUUUAAACGAGGAAACUAAGGGCGAUUAUAUAGUUGAUGCUUAUACUUGGAAAAAUCGUGGUACAGUUUCGUGGCCAAAACAUGAAAAUAAAUUUAAAAAAACAUGGUUUACUUGUUUUAAUCAUGAUGGAGUGGUCGACAAAAGAUUUGUUAAACACAUAUAUGUUUCAAAUUCAAAUAAAUAUGAUGUAAUUGUUGUGUAUAUUGGAAAUAAAACCAUUGCGAAAACUGGUCCUCAUGGUAAUGCCAAAUCAGCUGUAGCACAUGGUUAUCGACGAACAAAACCGUCAAUAGUGACUCAGAUAAAAAAUUCGGUGAAAUCAUCGACUGAAGCCAAUGCUUAUAAAACACUGGUUGGAACGGCGGUCACAGAUCCACCACGCGAUGUGGCACAAGUUCGAUAUUAUCGACAGAAAUUUCUGCAAGAUCAACGUGUGACAUACGAUGAAAUGUUGAAUUUAAUGAUAUUGUCAAAUGAACUGAAAAAUUAUAUUCGUGUAUUAAAUUUUAAGCCACAAUUGAUCGUGGUUUUUGAGCACAUUGAAGCAGAAAAGUUAUUUGCACAAUUAUUAACAUUAACAAAUGAACUGAUACCGCUGUAUUAUGAUACAACUUUUGAAAUUGGGGAUUACUAUGUUUCAAUAUUAACUUAUUCGCAUCGUCUGUUUGUAGAACAACCAAUUAUACCAUUAUGUAUAUUAAUCCAUGAUACGAAAGAACAAACUGCUCAUGAUGAAUUAGCUAAGAUAUUGAAAAAGCAUAAAUCAAUUGAACAGAAAUGCUUAUUAAUAACUGAUGGAGAAUUUGCGCUGCAAAAUGCUUUCACCGACAUAUUCCCGUCGUUAAAAUUAUUGAGAUGCCAUAACCAUUUCAAUAACAACAUCAAAGAAUGGUUACGUGAUCAUUUUAAUGUACUUCACCGUGGAGUUGUCAAUCAAUCAAAGUCACAAACAACAACAACAACAAAUGUGGGUCUAACGGCAAUGUCACCAUUGUCACCAAUAACAGCAACAACAUCAUCUACCAUGUCACCCAACGAAUCACAAAACAAUUUCUACAAAACAUAUAAAACAGAAUUCAUUAGACAACAUCUCGACGACGUGUAUAAUUUAUUACGAUGUGGAUCAAAAGCGGAAUUUCUAGACCAAUACAGAGAAAAGAAGCAACAAUGGACACCAAAAUUCGUCACCUACUUUGAAACAUAUCAUCUUCCACAUAUCGAUCAUUUCGGUGAGUUUGUCCUAUCAAGAGUUUCGAAACAUCCGAAGCCCAUCUGGCGUUGGCUUGGACUAACCAAUUUCUUCUCUGCUGAACGGAUCGACAUGUCUUGUCACACUUACAAAAGAUAAUUUGCUGAUCAAAUAUGAUCUGUUGACCAAAUCGUUUAGCCAGGUCGACUUGGACAAGGAGAAGUGUCGU